CCCCAGACUGUCCCCACUCCUAUUUAUAUACAAAACCCUUUUCAUUCUCAUACCAUCCUCACCCACUCACUCUUCUCCAAUGCCUGCCCACGCGCCUCCCAUCAACAAACACUCUCCGCCGCCGCCCAAGGAGGCCCAUUUCAGAGGCGUCCGCAAGCGUCCCUGGGGUCGCUUCGCCGCCGAGAUCCGCGAUCCCUGGAAAAAGACCCGAAAGUGGCUCGGAACCUUCGACACCGCCGAGGAAGCCGCCAGGGCCUACGACACCGCAGCAAGAACGCUCCGAGGGCCCAAGGCCAAAACCAACUUCACCUACGUCGUUGCUCCUGCGGUUUUUGCUGCCCCUGAAUCUCAGGCCCCGGCCCAUGACCCACUCGCUAGACCGGUCGAGUUCUUCGGCCUUCCCUUGUUCUUCACCACGGAUGCAGAUUCCGGUGCGCCGGUGAGGUCGGAGUACAAGGGUUACAAGUUGGAAAACAUUGCCGGUUUUGUGGUUACCAAGGAGGAGAAGAAGAAGCCGUUUUUGUUCGACCUUAAUCAGCCGGCGCCGCUCUUCUGAAGCGGCCGGCGGAAAACGUCGGCGGCGAUGGCAGAACUGCAGAAUCGAUUCAAGUUUCAGAAAAAUGGAUAAAAGAAAAGGAAGUAAAGGGGCGAAGGUUCAAUGUAGACUCUGCACGAGACUCAACGUGCCAUUGCCGCUGUUCUGCCUUUUGACCGCUGCCGUUACGAGUAUGAACAUUUGCAUUUUAUCUUCUUUCUCUAUUUUCUGUACGAACUACGAUGUUUUAAUGCACUUUUUUUGUUCGGAGGCUUCACAAUGUUUAUUUCUUCGUAUGUAAUUUUACUUUUGAAAGAAUGUUUUCACAAUAUUUUUAUUUUA